GUAGCAGUUGUACCGUAUAAUUUAUCCAUAAUGGGCGGACGAAAUAGAGUCCACAAUAAAAUGGUAGGUUUGGAAAAUUCUAAAUGGGCAUUGGAGGGAACAAAUGACAGCUGUGUCCUGUGUGCCUUCAAUAAUUCUUGUUUUUUUCAUCGUAGGUAGUUGAUCUUCUUCCUGUGUGCCACAGUUGACCACCAUCUCCAACUUGCUCUGUCAAUUUCCACGCAAUCGUUCAAGAGAAAAAAAACCAUGGCGGCUUCUUCCACGGCACUUCCGCAACCUCAGAUCUUCAUUAAUUUCCGGGGGAAGGAUUUACGCUGUGGAUUCGUCAGCCAUCUCGUCCGUGCCUUCAAAAGGAAGAAGAUCAAUGUAUUUAUCGAUGAAAGGGAGGAUAGAGGCCAACCUUUAGAUUCUCUUUUUAAAAGGAUAGAGGGGUCCACAAUCGCCCUUGCUGUAUUCUCCGAAAACUAUCCCGAAUCAAGAUGGUGCUUACAAGAGUUGGAGAAGAUGAAUGAGCGUAUGGUGGAAGGCAACCUAGUGGUGAUUCCCAUCUUUUACAAGGUGGAGCCAUCCACAGUGAGAUACUUGAAGGGAAAUUUUGGGGAUAAGUUAUGGAUUAUGGCCAAGGGUGAUGAGAAGAUUAAGAAGUGGGAGGAAGCCUUGAGAUCGAUUCCUAAUCUAUUCGGCAUCACUGUGGACGAUAGAAGCGACGAGGGCCAAGCAGUCAAUGAAGUUGUGAAGGCGGUUAAGUCAGUCCUGUUCAAAGUUUCGCUGAUUGGGAGCCAAGGUGUUUCUAUUCAACCUUCAAUUAACAGUGACGCGGGAACUUCCUCUGGAGGAGACAAGCACAAGGCUUUUGGAGUGAAACUACGGCUGAAAGAGUUGGAAGAUAUGUUGGGUUGUGAUAAAUACAAAGGAACUCGUAUCAUUGGAGUUGUUGGGAUGCCUGGGAUAGGUAAAACCACACUCAUGAAAGCGCUCUUAGAGAAGUUGCAGUUUAAGUUUAUGAAGCACGCUCUAGUUGAGAAUAUCCGUGCAAAAUCAGAGGACCCUGGGUUAGAUUACUUACCCACAUUGCUUUUGGAAGACUUACUGGGGGUGGAAGAUCCUUUCACAGACAAUGUUGAGGACCCGUACGAAACGUACAAGCCUCAAUUGCUUAGACGCAAGGUUCUUGUUAUUCUGGAUGGUGUUAGUCAAAAGGAACAGAUAGAUGCUCUUCUCAGGAAAGGUGACUGGAUUAGUGAAGGAAGCAGGAUUGUCAUUGCAACAAGUGACAUAUCCUUGAUAAAUGGUCUGGUUCACGAUACUUACAUGGUCCAGAAUCUGGACCACAGGGACAGCUUAGAGCUCUUUAACUACCAUGCCUUUGGUGACGCUCAAGCCAAUCCUCCCAAUUACACAAAGCUGAGAGAGGAGGCUUUACAUUACGCCAGAGGACAUCCACUUGCUCUCAAAAUGUUGGGUAGAGAGCUUAAGAAUCAAAGUAUGGCUCAGUGGAAAUCGAGUCUGGAGAAACUCGCCCAGAGUCCAAUCCCUGAUAUUGGAAGUGUCUUCCAAAUGAGUUAUGAUGAACUGAGUUCAGAGCAGAAGGAUGCGUUUCUUGACAUAGCUUGUUUUAGAUCGGAGAAUGUGGAUUAUGUAGAAAGUUUACUGGCUUCACCUGACCCCGGAUCUGCUGAAGCAAUGAGUGCAGUAAAAGCUCUCACGCAUAAGUUCUUGAUUAAUACUUGUGACAGUCGAGUGGAGAUGCAUGAUCUACUGUAUACUUUUUCAAGAGACCUCGAUUCCAAAGCAUCCACUCAAUAUGGUAACAGAAAACGGAGGCUGUGUCUCCAUCAAGACAUAAUCAAGGACGGUGUAAUCAAUGCGCAAAAUAAGAUGCAAGCUGCCAAUGUCCGAGGUAUUUUCCUAGACUUGUCUGAAGUGAAAGGUGAAACGAUCUUAGACUGCGACCACUUCAUAAGGAUGGUUAAUCUCCGGUAUCUCAAGUUCUACAAUUCUCAGUGUCCGCAGGAAUGUAAAACCAACAAUAAGAUCAAUAUUCCUGAUAAACUUAAGCUACCACUGAAAGAGGUUAGAUGCCUCCACUGGCUGAAAUUCCCACUGGAGGAACUUCCAAAUGAUUUCAACCCGGUGAAUCUUGUUGACCUUAAGCUGCCCUUCAGCGAGAUUCGACAACUUUGGAAGGGUGACAAGGAUACACCUUUCUUAAAGUGGGUUGAUCUCAGUCACUCAAGUAAAUUGUGCAGCUUGUCAGGGUUAUUAAAGGCUAUAGAUCUUCAAAGAUUGGACCUUGAAGGCUGCACAGCAUUAAAAACUUUGCCAGGUGGUAUGAGAAAGAUGAAAAAGCUUGCUUUCCUGAAUCUGAAAGGUUGCACAAGUCUCGAAUCUAUUCCAGAGAUGAGUUUAAUUUCUCUGAAAACUCUUACUCUCAGUGGCUGCUUGAAUUUUAAGGAAUUUCCGUUGGUUUCAGAAAAUCUUGAAAUUCUAUACUUGGAUGGUACAGCAAUAAGUCAGCUUCCUGAGAAUAUGGAGAAGCUACAGAGACUUGUUGUAUUGAAUAUGAAAAGUUGCAAAAUGCUUCAGAAAGUCCCAGUCCGGGUUGGUGAGCUGAAAGCUCUUCAGGAACUGAUACUCUCUGAUUGUUUAAAUCUCAAUUAUUUUCCAGAAAUCAGGAUGAGCUCUUUAAACAUUUUACUUUUGGAUGGGACAGCCAUUGAAGUGAUGCCACAAUUACCCUCAGUGCAGUACUUGUGCUUAAGCAGAAAUGACAAGAUCACAUGUCUUCCUACUGGCAUCAGUCAACUUGUUCAACUAAAGUGGUUGGAUUUGAAGUACUGUAAGAGUCUUACAUCUGUUCCAGAGUUUCCACCAAAUCUUCAGUGCUUAGAUGCACACGGUUGUAGUUCGCUGAAGACAGUUUCGAAGCCUCUGGCCCGUAUCAUGCGAACCGAGCAGAACCCUUCCACAUUCAUUUUUACCAACUGUAAGAACCUGGAACAAUCUGCCAAGGAGGAAAUCACAUCGUAUGCCCAAAGGAAAUGUCAGCUGCUGUCAUAUGCUCGUAAACGCUACAAUGGGGGUCUUGUUUCAGAGGCUUUGUUCAGCACUUGCUUUCCUGGAUGUGAAGUGCCUUCAUGGUUUUGUCAUGAAAGAGUUGGAUCAGAGCUAGAAGUAAAACUCCUCCCACAUUGGCAUGACAAGAGGCUUGCAGAAAUAGCUCUAUGUGCUGUAGUCUCAUUCCAUGACUGCAAAGAUCAAAUCAGCUGCUUGUCGGUGACCUGCACCUUUAAAGUAAAAGUUGAAGACAAUUCUUGGGUCUCAUUUACUUGCCCAGUAGGAAGUUGGACCAGACAGGGAGACAAGGUUGAUUCAGACCAUGUCUUUAUAGGCUACACCAGUUGCCCAUAUACCAUGAAGUGUCCUGAAGACGAGAACUCUGAUAAAUGCAGUUCUACUGAAGCCUGCCUUGAAUUUACUGUGACGGGGGGUACAAAUGAGAAAGGAACACUGAAGGUGUUGAAGUGCGGUUUAGGUUUGGUGUAUGCAAAGGAUAAAAUCAAAAACAGUUCUCAUGAAGCAAAGUAUGAUAUGCCUGUUGAAGUGAGCGUUCAAGAAACUUUAGGAGUGGUUGAUGAAGAUGAUAAUGAACGGCCAAAAACGAAGCAAAGAUCAAUAAGGGACGAUAGUAUCCCGUGUCAAUUAGACAUUCAUGCAAGUGUACCUCCAAGGAGUAACGAUAAUUCAGUGGCCAGGCCCAUGCUUGAGAAUCUCCAAGGGCGAGAUGAAUCUGUUCCAGGUUAAGCACAUUCUUACACAGAACUCCAAGUCUUGAUGAAGAAAAUCCAGCAUGAGUAAAGAUGUCAGUCAAGUAGUCAACGUAAUACAGAUGACAUUCACUUUGCAUCCUCAUAGUAAGCAGAAAUCAAAAAGCAAAAAGGGAAACUGAAGAUAUUAGAUCAGAGCUUACCCAGAUUCCAGAAUCUUUAGUGACCUAUCAGCCAUCAUUUUUAUCCUGCUUUUGAGUUGUGUUCACGAGAGCCUGUCAAGUUACAUAGUAGAAAGAUAAUUUUUUUUUAUAAAAUCCUUAUGUUGCUGUUUCUUGGUCAAGUUUAUUUCUGGUUGUUGUUUUUGCUAUCUUUCCGAUUGAGCCCCUAGUAUUUAAGCUUUUUGUAAGACUCUUUUGACGGUUGAAUAAGAAUAUCUUUCUGAUCA